AGUAUUUUGUUUGAUUACAGGGACGCCGACAGAUGAACGCACGAGCUCUUAACCUAUUGCCUGUCAAAUAAUUGUCACAUAUUUCACCUAAUCUCGCUCGAUUUCUUCCCCAAUUCUCUUUAAAUCAAACACCCACUUCUCAAUUUCGACUCACAAAUCUUCUAUCAAUAAUCCAAACAAAAUCUCAAUUUUAGCUGACUCUCAAAAUCCAUUAAAAUCUGUCAUAUUCUUCAUCUUCAACCAUCAUUCAUCAUUCGAUAAGUGAUAAUCACCAUUUGUGCAUCUUCAAUUCGACAAUAGCAUCCAUCAUCUUACUGCCAUGGCGAUGCCCUGGAGUAUGACCCUUUGGAUAUCUAAAAUGGUAUGGUUAGCACUUGCUGGUUGGAUUACUUCUUGCUUGAUCAUUGCUGAUGAAAUUGCUGGUUCUAUUCGCUCCGGUGACAUUGGCGCCUUCAAUAUCGGCUGAUUGGCUGAGCUUCCGCUUCUUUUUCUGGGUUGCUAGAAGAACCGUCUAUUGUAUUCCCCACCAUUGGCUGCUUAUGUAGUGAAAUAGUGAAGUGAGGGGGUUGGAACUCGGAACCUUUACAAGAAUUCUGUUUAUUUUCAUUCUGGAAACUAUUAUGUUGGACUCCUCUAUGGUAAUUGUAACUUAAAUUUUCAAAAUAUAGGAGCAACUGUUCAAUAAGUACUAUGAUAGAACCAUCUUGUUUUUCUAAUUAAGGUGGUCUCAUUCUUUGUGUUUUUUUAACUUCUCACAUGUAGGAAUUUGACCUGUAAAUGUACCUUUCUAUAUCGUUCACUUAUCCUAGAAAGUUGUUUUUGGUGUACCUAGCAACGAGUUCAUCGACUUUUUUCCCAUUACCCAAAGUCACUCUAGUGGCUUCUCGAAGGGGCGUAAACUGGAAGGGAAGUUCAUACAUUGUUGAAGCAAGGAUGCUAAUGAGCAUUGAAAGUAUCAGUUGAGAAUCGACUGUUAUGUUGCAGUGAUUGCCGUAUUGCAAGUGCCGAGUGAUUGUAUAUGAUGUCAACCCUUAGCUAUUUUGAAGAUUGAAGAUGAUAUAUAAUAAUGUAACGAGUAUUGUAUAGACAAAUUGGGAUGUGAAUUCUUCUCUAUUCCUUGAGGCAAUGUCUUAUUGUGCCCAUUCUUAUGGUAUCUCAUAUGUAUGCUACUCUUUCUAGAUACUUAAUGUUAUUUUUGGUUUAAGUC